AUAAUCUUGGGCAUCGCGGCGCGUCUCAGCCUGGAAAGCUGCCAUUGCCCUGUAGUUUUACGCGGCGCGUCAGUGCGCGAGUCUCUUACGCCAUCGCUGCGCUGUGAACUCAAAGUUUCCGGACAUAUUCACGUGUCAGUGCCCAAAUCACUGCAAGCCACCAAUCAACCAUGCACAAGGAGCGCCUGACCAUCAAGCCUCGGCUCCAGUCCGUAAGCGGUCGCAUCUAUGUGGCGCGCGAGACCGGUCCUCCCGUCCCGUGGCCGCAACUUAUAUUGCUAGCCGUCCUCGGCACGGCCGCUAUAGUAUCGUGCUCCUUCUUACUAUACGAUACAGAAGACGACGGCGCCGCGUUGCUAGCACCGGCGCCUCUACUGGAGAUACAAUCUCUGGGAAUAGCGCGUUUCAUACUAUUCCUCAUCCUGGCGCACCGCAUCUUCCUCAUCUUAUUCGUGCGGCCGCCGAUCGACAUCAAGAUCGACUACCAGCCCGGGUCUCAACUAAAGAGCAUGGGUUCGCAAGUUUUAGCUGGUGUUGGUAGAUUAGCAACAUUUACGAUCCAGACCUGGACGCUGCAGACGAUCUAUUUCGGCCUAGUUACGUUAGCGACCCUUGGAUACAUACAACCAUACCGACAGAUCUCGUACCUCUUCGAGUUGUUGUUUGCGACGUCUCAUUUGGUGUCCUGCGUCACUUCGUAUGUCUUGGUCCCCACAAUGUGCAAGCAGUGGCUCAAGGGCGAUUUCGGCGGCAUCAAGGUGUCGGAGAUCCCUUUGUUAGGUGUGGACCAGCUCACCGUGCACAACUUUAAUAUCGUGUCGCUCCAUAUCGAUGCUUUUUUAUCGGGCCAGCGCCUCGUCCUGGGUCACUGGGGCCUGGCCUUGUCGUAUGCUUCCUACUACGCGGCGUUCGCGUGGGCGCGCUGCCGGUUUAUCAACGGCCAGGUCCCCUACUUCUUCCUGGAUUACUCACUCCCAACGAAAAGAGCCUACGCGUUCCACCUCGGCCUCGCGGCGAUCCUCACAGUCUACUUCCUCGGCUUUUCGGUGCUGCUGGAGCGCAUGGCCUCCCUGGGCGUGCCGUGGCGCUUCGCCGUGCACGCGGCGGUCUGCUACUCGAACAUGCGCUUGCGGGCGCCCAAGGCUUAUCUAGAGAUCGAGAAGAAGCGCGAGGCGAAGUCGUCUUAAAGCGCGCGCCACGAAGGGCGGUCGCGCUGUGCUAACUAAGUAUUCCAUGUGACACAUACACUUUACUCGCGAG